AGCAGCCAAGAACCAGCGCCAGAGUGCAGCACUGAAUGCUCUCCAACUGAUGAUGAUUUCAGCCAACAACAUUAUCUAAUCCCUGGCUAAAUCUAAUAUUCAUCAAAGAGGAAGAAUAUGUUGAGCAAGAGGCAGAAGGAUGUUCAGUGGAGAGUGAACCGGAGAUGUGGCCUUCAAACUGCAGCACAUCUGAAACUGCCAAUGCAACAGAAGUGGGUGGACUGAAUGCACAUUCAAUUUCUCCAGUGGAAGAGUGCACAGAGCCAUCUGUGGCUGGCAAAAAGAUCAAGCUCUACAGCUGUGCUGACUGCAGCCAUAAAACUCCAUCGAUCACUAUUUGGAAGAGACAUAUGAGAAAACACACUGAGGAAAAGCCUUUCAGUUGGUCGCCCUGGGCUGUCGUCUGUGGAGGGGCGGAGUGGGGGAUGCUGCUCAUAGUGUGGUGUGUGCCGGCGGGUGGUUGGGGACGGCUGGGCUCCUCGCGGUGUUGGGUGUCCUCCACAUACACCACGGUUGUCAUCUCACAACACUGAAACUCUCUCCUUUCUCAGAGUACAACCACACUGAAAGCAGAGCGUGGCGUGGCGUCAAGGAGCGUCGUGAACAAUAUCAUGUUAAGUAAUGAUCUAACUUUGAGCUAAUGAGCGUCAAACUUUGGAACAAGCUGGUUUGUUUUUUGGAGCGUCUACGAGCGGAGCGUCAAAGUGUGAGUUCCCUACUAAUGUACAUACUAGUGGUCUACUCUUGUACAUAAUAAUGCUCUUGUUCUACUACAUUUUCUACUAUCAUCUAGUACACUAGUAUAUUAAAUUUAAUGUUUGUCCAAA